CCAGUGUUUUUCCCCUGAAGCUUGAAUAUCGCCAUGAAUCUCUCCGCGCCCUCUCUUUCUCCAGAAACAAUGGAGCUCCUUCCCCACCCUAGAAAUUUCUCUCUCUAUCCAACCCCAAAAUGUUUGACCAAAAAAGGUUUUGAUUUUUUUGGCUCCUCUGAAGCUCAAUCUCCUCGUUUUGACUCGUCUGAUCAUCAACCUCGUCCAAUCUCGGCCCACUCUUCUUCUUUCUCACUUCUGGAAAAAAAAAAGGAGGAAGGUUCCUCACAUGUCGAAAUUCAUCUGAUGAUCGAUGCAAUGAAGUCUCGAGAUGCCUAAGCCGUUUUCUUGAAAUCCCAUAGUUUUAGUGGUAAAAAGAACCACUCGAGAUUUCGUUGCUUUGAUAAUAUCUCUUACUUGUGUAUGAGUGUAUUAAAUAAUUUGAAUCAGUGAAAUGUGUAGAAGGAGGGACAUUUUUGCCUCUUGCACUCCACGCUUGUCGUUGUUGUUUGUUGUAAUUGUUUUGUUGGCUGGUUUUCUGGGGCAUGCCCGGUGUGCAGAUGGGAAUGAGGGUAAGACUUCCCCUGCAGCUAUACCACUUGUUACAGCCCUCAUUUACAGUCAAAUUUCCAAUCUUACUAAGGUAUUCCACAAUGAUAUCACCCAGGCUUUGGGAUAUUGCAUCAAGGAUGUGGAUGCUGAUUUGAAUGGAGCUUUCAAUUUUACUAAUUUGGAUUUCUUGAAUAAUUGUGUCAGAAAGACAAAAGAUGUCCCCCAGAGAUUAUGUACAGCAGCAGAGAUGAAAUUCUACUUCUCCGGCUUUAUGGAAAGGAAAUCAGCUGAGGCUCAAUUUUUGAAACCCAACAGGAACUGUAAUUUGACGUCGUGGGUCCCCGGAUGUGAGCCUGGAUGGGCUUGUAGUGCUGGUUCAAACGUAAAGGUUGACAUGAAAAACUCAAAGGAUAUGCCUGAUCGCACACAUGAUAGUCAACCUUGUUGUGAGGGUUUCUUCUGUCCUCGAGGUCUUACAUGCAUGAUACCUUGCCCUCUAGGUUCUUACUGCCCACUGGCAAAGCUCAACAAAACUACCGGUAUAUGUGAUCCAUAUCGGUAUCAGUUACCUGCUGGCAAGCCAAACCACACUUGUGGUGGAGCAGAUAUGUGGGCUGGUGUUACAAGCAGUGAGGAGGUGUUCUGCUCUGCAGGAUCUUAUUGUCCAACUACUACCAAAGAGGUUCUUUGCAGUCAAGGACACUAUUGCAGGCAGGGCUCUACAGCUGAAAAAGUUUGCUUCAAGUUGAGUACAUGCAAUCCAAAUACAGACACACAAAACCUUCAUGCGUACGGGGUCAUUCUCAUUGGUGCCUUAAGUUUUAUACUUUUCAUCUUCUAUAAUUUCUCCGAUCAAGUCAUCAUGACUCGCUACAGAAGAUUAGCAAAGUCCAGGGAAGCUGCAGCAAGAAGUGCCCGAGAAACUGCACAAGCGAGAGAAAGAUGGAAGUCUGCUAAAGAUGUAGCCAAGAAACGGGCCAUGGGGUUGCAACAACAGUUAUCCCGCACAUUUUCACGGAAAACAAAUGGGAAGCAAUCUGAUCAGUUUCUGCCACCCAAAAUUCCAAGUGAUUCAACAUCACAACAAUCACACAAAAAGGAGCCAGGCCACCUCACAAAAAUGUUGCAAUCUCUCGAUAAUGAUCCAGAAAAUCCUGAGGGUUUUAACAUGGCAAUAGGAGAUAAAAAUAUAAAGAAGCAAAAGGUCAAGCCUAAACAACUGCAUACUCGCAGCCAAAUUUUUAGAUAUGCAUAUGGCCAACUUGAGAAGGAGAAAGCAAUGGAGCAGAAAACUCAGAACAUGACUUUUUCGGGUGUAAUUUCGAUGGCCACAGAUACUGAUGUUAGGAGUCGGCCCACGAUUGAGGUUGCUUUCAAAGACUUAACCCUGACUCUGAAAGGGAAAAACAAAAAUCUCAUGAGGUGUGUUACUGGAAAACUCUUGCCUGGUCGAAUUUCAGCUGUAAUGGGUCCAUCAGGGGCAGGGAAGACAACGUUCCUUUCUGCUGUGUUGGGGAAGGCAACUGGAUGCACCAUUUCAGGGUCAAUUCUCAUAAAUGGAAGGCCUGAUUCCAUUCAAUGCUACAAGAAAAUUAUAGGUUUUGUUCCUCAAGAUGAUAUUGUCCAUGGAAACUUAACAGUAGAAGAGAACCUACGGUUCAGUGCAAGAUGCAGGCUACCUGCAGAUAUGCCAAAACCUGAUAAGGUUCUUGUGGUUGAAAGAGUCAUUGAGUCCCUCGGUCUGCAGGGAGUGAGGGAUUCUCUGGUUGGGACGGUUGAGCAGCGUGGAAUUUCUGGAGGUCAGAGGAAACGAGUAAAUGUUGGACUGGAAAUGGUCAUGGAACCUUCUCUGUUGAUUUUGGAUGAGCCAACAUCUGGUUUAGAUAGUUCAUCUUCCAACUUACUUCUCCGGGCUCUUCGACGAGAAGCUCUUGAAGGUGUAAACAUUUCCAUGGUUGUUCAUCAACCCAGUUACACAUUGUACAAGAUGUUUGAUGACUUGAUACUUCUAGCAAAAGGUGGCCUUAUCGUGUACCACGGACCUGUAAAGAAAGUGGAAGAAUACUUCGGAAGUAUAGGAAUCAAUGUCCCGGAACGUGCCAAUCCUCCAGAUCACUUGAUUGACAUUCUUGAGGGCAUAGUGAAACCUGGAGGAGGUGUGACUGUUCAGCAGCUCCCAGUUAGAUGGAUGCUUCACAAAGGUUAUCCAGUACCCAAUGAUAUGAUGCAAUAUUUGGAUCAAAUUGCUUCAUCCUCAACUGGUGUAAAUGCGAGUGCUAGUGGAGCCAGUGAACAAUCUUUUGUUGGAGAUUCAUUGCAGGAAAAGCAAGAACAUAUGCAACAUAUCUUUUUAUCAUCCAGUGACUUAUCUAAUCGAGUCACAGCUGGUGUUCUCCGACAGUACAGAUAUUACCUUGGGAGGGUUGUCAAGCAGAGAUUGCGAGAAGCUAAGAUACAAGCAGCGGAUUAUCUUAUCCUUCUGCUUGCUGGAGCAUGCUUAGGAACUCUUUCAAAAGUGAAGGGCGACACAUUUGGCUAUCGUGGUUACAUGUAUACUGUCAUUGCUGUUUCUCUCCUCGGCAAGAUUGCAGCUUUGCGGUCAUUUUCACUGGACAAAUUACAAUACUGGAGAGAGAGUGGAAGUGGCAUGAGCACUUUAGCUUGUUUUCUUGCAAAGGAUACCAUUGAUCACUUCAAUACACUAAUCAAGCCUUUGGUUUUUCUUUCAAUGUUCUUUUUCUUCAACAAUCCUAGAUCAACCUUCUUGGAUAAUUACAUUGUAUUGGUUUGCCUCGUCUACUGUGUGACAGGCAUGGCAUACGUAUUUGCCAUCUUACUUGAGCCUAGUCCAGCACAACUGUGGUGUGUUCUUGUCCCUGUUGUUCUGACACUCGUUGCAAAUCAGGACGAAGGAGAUAAAAUAGGGAGUGCUCUAGCAAACUAUUGUUAUCCAAAAUGGGCACUGGAAGCUUUCGUAAUUGCUAAUGCUCAAAGAUAUUCUGGAGUGUGGCUGAUAACGCGCUGCGGGACGCUACUGCAAUAUGGUUACAGUCUAAACGAUUGGACUCCUUGUCUAGUUUAUCUCCUACUCUGUGGCGUAGGUAGUCGUCUAUUAGCUUUCUUAUGUUUGGUGACUUUUGGGAAGAAAUGAGGUCGAAGUUGGGUUCUUGCCAAUGAUAAUUUUUGUACAAAUACAGGAGGAUUAGUUUUUUUGACAGACUUUGUAUCAUAGUUACUGAAUUUUGGAUUGAUCAGAGGAUAAACAGUUUCUGACUAAGGAAUAGGAGAUGAUAGUGGUCACAGACAUUUUUACAACAAAAGGAUGUGCAUUGAAUGCGUCGUCGAGGCUUUUUUGUUUUUUGGUUCUCGCAUUCCCUC